AGUGUGGAACUGCAGCUCUGGAUCAUGGAUGAAUCGCUCUUUAUGCUCUGGAUACGUCCUCCAUCAUUGCUGAUUUUAUAGUUUUUCAUACUCUAUCUAGCUGUUUUUUGAUUUUUUUUAAGGUAUACCGCCCCUCUCUGGCGGCAGAGAGGAACUGCGCUUUGGGUGUGCUUGGUUUGCAGUCACCAUGACAACCACAGAAAAACCAAGGGUAUCGCUAACACUAGCUAGUUAACUCCAAAACAACUUACUGAAGAGUGACGUUAUUUUUCUUGUUUUACUUGAUAGCUUGUUGAGUACCGGUCGUUCCUUUGACGAAAUGGACACGUCUGUAAUUCUGCCUGUCGAAGCAGAAGGGUUUGUUCAAAGUCUGGAAACGUUCUCUCUCAAAGAAGUGGGCUCAGAGAGGUGGUUCAGACAGCAUGAGUACAUUGAGAAACUUAACAUGCAAGCGAUACUAAAUGCUUCUGCCAUGCACGAUGAGUUCAUCAAGGAGCUCCUGGUGUCAUUUGGAAAGAUACCUGUUCUGGUCCAUGAAAUGAUCCUUGUCGAGGUGUGGAAGCACAAAGUGUUCCCCAUUUUAUGUCAGCUGCAGGACUUUAAUCCCAACAACACAUUUCAUCUCUACAUGGUGAUCCACCAUGAAGCCACGGUCAUAAACCUACUUGAAACGAUCAUGUAUCAUAAGGAUUCAUGUGAGGCAGCUGACGACUCUGUUCUUGACUUGGUUGAUUACUGCCACCGCAAACUCACCCUGCUGGCCAGCAAAGCGAUCAGGGAGGGUGCAACAACUGACCAACACAACCUGACAGGGAAAGCAGUUGGUUCCUCUAUAGAGGAGUUGCAGAUGCAGAAUGCUGCACUGGAGUUUGAAAUCUCCCUGAAGGCUCUCUCAGUGCUGCGCUACAUCACUGAUCACACCGAGAGUAUCAGUGUUAUUAAUCGCAUGCUGUGCACCCAUAACAUGCCUUGCGUGCUGGUUCAGCUGAUUGACUGCUGCCCUUGGAGUCGCUGUAAAGAAGGUGAGGUAGAAAAGUACAUAAAUGGCAGAUGGCAGGAGAUUCCUGUUGAGGACCGUUUAAAGAUGACAAAACUGGAUGGUCAGGUCUGGAUUUCCCUUUACAAUCUGCUGCUGAAGGAAGACUGCCAAAGGAAAUAUGACUUCAACAACUUCAACAAGAACCAGCUUCUAAGGAUCCGGGGUUUCUUGACAGAGGUGUUGAUUGAUCAGCUGCCAAACCUGGUGGAGCUUCAGCGUUACCUGGCUCAUCUGGCCGUUACAGACCCUGCCCCUCCAAAAAAGGAACUUAUUUUAGAACAGAUCCCAGAAAUGUGGAACCACAUUGUGAGAGAGAAUUCUGGGAGGUGGAAGGCAAUAGCAAAGUAUCAAGUCAAAGAAACUUUCAGCCCAUCUGAAAGUGACCUGAGGCUGCAGGCACAGAGGUUGGCUAAGAUGUACAAUUUGGAUGUGAUGGAGAGUUUACUCCCUGAGAAGCCAAAGUGUGGAUCCUGUGGGAAAGAGGCUACAAAGAGAUGCUCUCGAUGUCAGGGAGAAUGGUAUUGUCACAGAGAAUGUCAGGUGAAGCACUGGUCUAAACACAAGAGAGCCUGCCAGCUUAUGGCUGAGGCCACAGAGAAGAUCCAGAGGGACCUGCACACCAACAGCUAACAGAGAGAGACUAUUGAAAGGACUGGUGGCGGAUGGGAGAUAAGAAUCUUGAGUUGCAAGAUGGCAGGAGAACAGAUGUGCAUAUAUGGAUGAUGCAAAUUUGCAUUCCUAUACAUUUUAUAUCUGUCUUUUAAUGUGGGAAAAGUGUAAGCCCAGUUACAGAAUUCAGUUGUACCUUUUUUGUUUUUAGUACUGUUAUGUUUCUUUAUGAUAAACUUAUGGCAUACUGUUUUAACCAAUCAUUAAAUUCUAGUUAAAUUAAUUAAAGUCUAUUUAACGAAAGAGCUUCCCUCUCUGUCAGGAGAUUUUAUACUAUUGUAAUUGUGUUAAUUAACACAGUGCAUUUAAGGUGCAUUUAACUUUGUCACACCAGCAGCAAAUACAAUGCUUCAUCAACUUUCAA